AUGAUCAUUGUAUCCUGGAAUAUUAGAGAACUGAAUAAGUCCUUUAAACAGCAAGAACUAAAGAAAUUCUUGCUGUCAAAUAAAGUAGAUUUGAUUGCUGUUUUGGAGACUAGAGUUAAAAAACACAGGGUGCAGAAGAUUCGAAUGAAGAUAGGAAUAGACUGGCAUUUCAAAGACAAUUAUGAAAACGCACCUAAUGGUAGAAUAUGGUUAAUAUGGAAAGAAGCAAAUAUACAUGUAGCAGUACUGGAGAACAUUGAUCAGAUGAUUCACUGUCUAGUGAAGGAUAAAAAUUCAGCAUUCACGAGUUAUAUAACAUUUGUGUAUGGCCUCCACAUUACUAAAGAUAGAAUUCCACUAUGGAGAAGUUUGAGGAACAUGCAAACUACUGGACCAUGGCUCAUAAUAGGAGAUCUCAACAGUGUGCUAAAUGUGGAUGAUAGGGUGAAUGGAAUUCCAGUUCAUCAAGCAGAAAUAAUUGAUUUCCAAAGCUGCCUUGAUGAUAUUGGAGUGGGACAAAUCACAAAAAGAGGCAGCAGUUUCUCAUGGUGCAAUAAAAGGGAUGCAGAUGUCAGAAUACAUAGCCACAUAGAUUGGGCAUUGGGGAAUGCUGAUUGGUUCAAUGUUUAUAAUGGGGUAGAGGCAAUAUAUAUCCUCCCAGGAUGCUUAGAUCAUACCCCUAUAAUGAUAAAUACUGAUGUGAGGAAACUGCAGCUUAUUCAACAACAAACAAGGGACAUUCAACAGGAACAUUCCUCAGUUGAUCAAAAGCUGAUUCAAUUGAGAGAAACACUGAAGGAAGUACAGGGGAAGCUCAAUGAGGACUACUUCAACAAUCAACUGAUAGAAGAUGAGAGAAGGACCUUAAAAAGCAUAGAGAAAUGGGAAGAAAUUCAGGAGCAAAUUAUGAGGCAGAAGUCGAGAGCAACAUGGAUCCAACUGGGAGAUUGCAAUACCAAACACUUCCAUGCUUAUAUGAAGGCCAGACAAGCAAGAAAUAAGGAGACAGAUGAAUUACCAGGGAUAGAUGUCAAUAUAGCACGAAAUGGUCCUUGUCUAACACUAGCCAAGCGGCAACAAUUGUUACAUGCAGUAACACCAGAGGAGAUCUGUCAAAUUGUAAAGAAUCUACCUAAUGACAAGGCACCAGGUAUGGAUGGAUACCCUGCUAAAUUCUUUAAGGAAUUUUGGCCACUCAUUGGACAGGAGGUCAUAGAAACAGUUCAACAAUUCUUUCAAACUGGCAAACUACUGAAGGAAAUUAACUGCACAACUGUUACAUUGAUUCCAAAGAUGAAAAAUCCAAGCUAUGUGAAGGAGUUUAGGCCAAUUGCUUGUUGCUCAACCAUGUAUAAAAUUAUUGCCAAGCUACUGACAAAUAGACUUAAACUAGUUGUGGAUCUUUUGGUUGGACAUUCUUAG